GAGAUUUCCCCUCAGCUGUCAGAUGCGGAUGGAGAUGUGAAGUAUCUUGUCCGUACAAGAUCUUUGUCAGGACCAACAGCUGGGUGGAACUCCGACAAAAAGAAGUUGCCUCAGCGCAGAGGGAUGGCCGUUUGACGGAGACGAGCUAGCUGUCGUGUUAAGAGCUUAUCCCCCGCGGUGUCAUGGAUUUUAACGUAAAGCGGUUAGCUGCAGACGCCGGUACUUUCCUAAGCCGUGCGGUACAAUUUACAGAAGAGAAACUUGGCCAGGCUGAAAAGACAGAGUUGGAUGCUCAUUUGGAGAACCUCUUGGUCAGAGCUGAGAACACCAAGCAAUGGACAGAAAGGAUUAUGAAACAGACAGAAGUCUUACUACAGCCCAACCCAAAUGUCCGGCUAGAAGAAUUUGUGUACGAGAAACUGGAGAAAAAAGCUCCUACGCGAAUGAACAACCAUGAUCUGCUGGGCCAGUCCAUGAUCGAGUCGGGAGGUGAAUUUGGUCCCGGCACUGCCUAUGGAAAUGCUCUGAUAAAAUGUGGUGAGACGGAGAAGCAGAUUGGUGGGGCAGAACGGGAGUUGAUCCAAAGUGCUGCCAUCAACUUCCUGACACCUUUCAGAAACUUUUUGGAGGGAGACUUCAAAACCAUCCUGAAAGAGAGGAAGCUACUUCAGGUCAAGCGCUUGGAUUUGGAUGCAGCCAAAACCAGGCUAAAGAAAGCCAGGAUGACUGAUGCUAGAGCUGCGGCAGAGCAGGAGUUGAGGAUGACCCAGAGUGAGUUUGACCGCCAGGCAGAGAUCACCCGUCUGCUGCUAGAAGGCGUCAGCAGCACCCACGCACACCACCUACGCUGCUUGAAUGACUUUGUGGAGGCCCAGACCACAUACUACGCCCAGUGUUACCAGUACAUGGUGGAUCUCCAAAAGCAGCUGGGCAGUUUCCCCUCCUCGUUCUCCAACAACAACCAAUCGUCGGUGUCGGGCGGGGCCAGCGUCUCGGUGCCCACCAUCGCGGUGUCGGCCUCCCUGCCAAGUGUGUCCGCGGGCCGCAGCAGCUCGACGGCGUCGGGCGGGUUCAACGAACUGCGCAGCUCCAACGGCAGCCGCAAAGCCCGGGUGCUUUACGACUACGACGCUGCCAGCAGCAGCGAGCUCUCUCUGCUGGCUGAUGAGGUGAUCACAGUCAGCAGCGUCGCAGGCAUGGAUUCAGACUGGCUGAUGGGCGAGCGUGGCAACCAGAAGGGCAAAGUGCCGAUCACUUACCUGGAGUUGCUUAACUGAGACCCCCCCCCCCCCCCCCCCAACCCCACCCCAGCCCCCUGUAACCAGCUGUGAUCUCAUAUUUAUAUUGUGUUUCAGGGACCGGACUCACUUUCCCUUCCAUUCGGUCAUUUUAGAACGAGUUGUAUUUCUAUGAAAAGGAGUCUCAGUUUUAGCAGACAGGAGCUGGAUUGGAAUACAUUUGAGAGAACAGAAAGGAAACGAACCCCUGAUGUGUUUGUAUGCAACUGUAGUACAUUUCUAAAACAUGCUUCCAUGCCUUUUUACGCUUGAUGCCAUGCAAUCUGCAAUACGUACCAGAACAUCUCCCAAACUGUAACUUAAAAAAAAAAAAAAAAAAAAAAACUUUUUGUUUACAAUAUAUAUCUCAGAUGGUGACCUUAAUGCUUUUAAUGUGAGGGUAUUAUUUCCCUUCCCUUGCUGCAAGAUUUUUUUCAACUAGCAAUAUAGCAGACACUUUUUUUUAAAUACAAAAAUGCACUUCCGUUUGAAGUGGAGAGUGAUGCUGAUAAUUAAGUCUUGUUUUAUAAUUGAUAAUCCAAAGUAUGAAUUGUUUUUUUAACAUUAUCGUAAGUAUUGUGCGUCAGCUUUAAUUACAUGGAGCCAUACUGGACAGCGAGUUUAACCCAUUGUUCCAGUACAUUUGAUUGAUUGAAUAAGAUGCUUUGAUACCUGCUGAUAACCAAGCAGUUACAACUCCCAUGCCAGAUAUUGUUAAGUGCCUAUCACAGUGAAUCGGCUUCUCUAAAACCAUUUGCCUUGUUUGCAGCUAAACCAGCAGUAUUGAGACGGUCUAUUUAGUCUCCUCUCUUAGUAUUGAACCACAAUACUUCUAUUUAAGUUAUUGACAAUUGGAAACCAACAUUUCCACGUUCCUAUUGGAAGUUAAUUUACCAGAAGACAGCUAUGAGCUCUGACUAAAUUAUUGAGUUGUAUAUUGGUCAUAAAUACACAAUAUGCGACAUGUUUAUCAUAUCUGCCGUUGGUCGACUUGGUGUUUUAUUUUGAAGAAAAAGCCUCAAAGUGAAACCAUUAACCUUUUUUUGACAUUACUAGUUUCCCUUAAACGUGUAUUUCAACUCCAUAUUGAAAAAAAAAAAGCCUUGUUACAAUCUGGGAGAUGAAAUUAUAUUAUUCCAUGGCUGCUUUUUGUUUUUGUGUGUAACUGAUUAUAUAGCAUACAAUUGUAAAAUAAAUAUACAAUAUGAUGCGUUA